CCUCACCUGCCGCAGAUGCCUCCUUCUCCUCCUCCGCUGCUUUUAUCUGGUCCUUCCUCCGCCCGCUCGGAGCCACGUCCCCCCCCGCCCGCCCCGGGUCUCGGCGGGAGGGGGAGGGCCCUGGAAGAGGCUCGGGCCUUCUAUUGGCCACUGCCCGCCAGAGGGGCGGGCCGGCCCGGGGCUGCGGCCUCUCAUUGGCCCGCGACGCCGCGGACGGGCGCGGUACGGGGGCCGCGCGGUCCUUUUUGGCGUCCAUCGAGGCCAGGUCGGUUCUCCUGGUCCGGGAUGCAGCCGGGGCCCGGCGGCGGCGCGGCGGCGGGGAGCGCCCGGCACCGUAAGUGGCCCAUGAAGAGGAGGGUGCCCGUGGCUGAGCCCAGCUUGGCUGACCCCCACCAGCUCUUCCAUGACACUAGCUCAGCUCAUGGGCCGGGGAGCUAUCCGGGUCACAGGCCCCCCGGGGGCCUGGGCUAUGCCUCCCCGUCACAGCCAGCCUUCCUCGCUGACCCCGUGUCCAACAUGGCGGUAGCCUAUGGGAGCAGCCUGGCCGCCCAUGGCAAGGAGCUGGUGGACAGGAAUAUUGACCGCUUCAUUCCUGUCACCAAGCUCAAGUAUUACUUUGCUGUGGACACCGUGUAUGUGGGGAAGAAACUGGGGCUCUUGGUGUUUCCCUAUCUGCACCAGGAUUGGGAGGUACAGUACCAGCAGGAUGUGCCGGUGGCCCCGAGGUUCGACAUCAACGCCCCAGAUCUCUACAUUCCAGCUAUGGCUUUCAUCACAUACAUCCUGGUGGCUGGCCUAGCACUGGGGACGCAGGACAGGUUCUCCCCAGACCUCCUGGGUCUGCAGGCUAGCUCAGCCCUGGCCUGGCUCACAGUGGAGGUGCUGGCCAUCCUGCUGAGCCUCUACCUGGUCACUGUCAACACCGACCUCACCACCAUCGACCUGCUGGCCUUCUCGGGGUACAAGUAUGUAGGGAUGAUUGGUGGGGUUGUGACUGGCCUGCUCUUCGGGAGGACUGGUUACUACCUGGUGCUUGGCUGGUGUUGUGUGGCCAUCUUCGUCUUCAUGAUCCGGACCCUUCGACUGAAAAUCCUCUCCGAGGUGGCAGCUGAAGGCGUCCUGGUCCGCGGGGCGCGGAACCAGCUGCGCAUGUACCUGACCAUGGCCAUCGCGGCUGUUCAACCCCUCUUCAUGUACUGGCUCACCUUUCACCUGGUCAGGUGAGGGCCCAGGAGGUUGCUCAGACCCAGAGGACCAGGCCGCUGACCCCUGGGAAUGCGAGAAGCGAAGUGGAGCCCCACUGGGGUCAGGGGUCCAUCACUCUGGAGCGAGCUGCCGGGCCCACUACCCCUCUCCUCAAGAAGUCCCUGGCCCUUUGACUGGAACCUGCCCGCCUUCUCCACAGAUUCAUCUCCUCCUUGCUGUUAUGCUUGAGCCCAGUCCCAAACCCCGCCCUAGGAAAGAGCCCAUCCCCCUCCCCAUCUCCUCCUCCUCCUCCCCCAAUUCCCAUCCUCUAAGGUGCUUAGAGAUCUCUAACUGCACAGCAUGCUCCAAGCUGGGGCUGCCGCCCAUAGUGUCUGUUACAGGGAGAAAUAAACCCCUUCGGGGUGCUGCUGA